UCACGUACUAACUGACCAGUACAUGGCGCACGUGCGUAUCUGGUUUCUCGAUAGCUCGCUAGGAUCACUAACAGGACACUGCAUGCAGCUGCAAAGAUGAUGGCCCCGGCCCUCUCCCGGUACGUAUCAUGUUCAGAUCAUUCGGUUAUAACUGAUCUCCGUCACCAACACCUCGUCUCCAAACUCCUCAUCGACGGAAUUGCUCCUCCCUCUAGGCUCUCGGCCCAUCAGAUGCCAAAGAAUUCACCAGUCAAUUGAAAAUCAGUCUCCGAGAGAGAGCGCCGCCGGUCCGGGAUGAACCGUGAGGAUGGGGUGGCGUUUAGCGCGGUUUGGAUUUCAAAUUUUUGACUAAAGGAAUUUUUUUUAGCCACGGUCAAAAGUCAAUCUGGCCGUGAUUUUUAAGUUAGACAAGAAGGUCACGAGUUGACAUACAAAUUCGUAUCCUAACGUCCCAUGUCUCCCCCACCGACGGAAGCAUAAAACACGAACGAACUCUUUGGUGUUAUUGCGAAUCGGAAUUUUGGCUCCUUUGGCUUCCAUCUACCAACCGGCCCGCCGACGGUAAAGGCGAUCAGUCCUCGGUCAUCUCCGUCCCACUCUCGAUCAGGUUCACAGAGUCCUGCGUUGUUUUACCGCGGAAUCUCUCUCUGUCUCUCCCUCUCUCUGCGGGUUGGAGUCAUGGAUAUCCCAUUGCCUUUCUCUAAACUAGCUUUAGGGCCAAGCGAUCAGGACGAUUCGCCAGGAACCACAGCCAAGGAGAAGAUAAAUGUAGCUCUAGUGGCGACCGGAAGCUUCAAUCCUCCGACAUAUAUGCAUUUACGCAUGUUUGAGCUGGCAAGAGAUGCUUUGAGUGCAGAAGGCUAUUGUGUUAUUGGAGGUUAUAUGUCACCCGUUAAUGAUGCAUACAAAAAACAGGGCCUUCUAUCUGCUGAACAUCGGGUACAGAUGUGUCGUCUAGCCUGCAAAAGUUCUGAAUUUAUAAUGGUUGAUCCAUGGGAGGCAAGCCAAAGUACCUUCCAACGCACUUUAACCAUUUUAUCUAGAGUUAAGGGUACUAUAUGUGAGAGUGGGCUUCUACCCAGAGAACCCCUCAAGGUUAUGCUUGUCUGUGGUUCUGAUCUGCUCCAUUCUUUUAGCAUUCCUGGAGCCUGGAUCCCUGACCAGGUCAGGACCAUAUGCAGUGAUUAUGGUGUGGUCUGCAUUCGCAGAGAAGGACAAGAUGUUGAGAAAAUUAUAUCCAAUGAUGAAAUUUUGAAUGAAUACAGGAAUAACAUUAAGGUCGUGGAUGAGCUUAUACCAAAUCAAAUCAGCUCAACACGAGUAAGGGACUGCAUUUCCAGAGGGUUGUCGAUAAAAUAUCUUUCUGCUGACGAAGUGAUUGAUUAUAUUAGACAAAAUCAUUUGUACUUGAACUGAAGUUGAUAAAUGAGGUUCACCAUCAUAUUAGUAAUCUUUAUCUGUAUAGAAAACAUAAUUUAUCAAUUCUUUCAAGGUACAUGUAGCGUUUGUUUGUGUGCAAGUAAAUACAAGGAACACUCUUGGAA